AUUCACAAUGCUUAAUUGCUCAUAUAAUUGUUGUUGCUGGAUUAAUUUCUAUAUUUUAAAAUAUGAACUGGUUGUCUUUCACAUAGUCCAGCUAAGAAAGCCUAUGCUACUGAUUAAGAACUAAGAACACUAUUCCAUUUAAUUGUAGCGAAAGAGAGAAAAUCCUAAUGAACCAGGUUCAUAGUAUCUUCUGUAGCAGCAAUGCCCUUUGGAUCCCUUGUCACAACAAGGAAGGUAUCAACUUGGCCUCCUUUCUCUCUGAGAAUAAAGCAAACAGUCCAUGAAAGGAUACUUAGGAUAUAUGAUGACUUUGUCUGGCCUUUGAAUCUUUCUUCCUUAGCAAGUGAGAACAAAUUUUUGGCAGUAAAGCUAAAGCAGGCGGCAAAUAGUAUUUUUCCAGAAUCUAAUGCUUCGUCGGUGAAUGACUAUGAGGUAAUCCAAGAAACGUUGAGAAGUGCAAACAUACUGUCAUUUACAUUCAGAGAAGUAGUGGAAGAUGUGGAGCUUCAAGAUUACUACAUUCCCAAAGGCUGGAAGGUCCUUCCACUCUUCAAAGCAUUCACCAUUCUGCUAAUUUCUUCCCUCAACCACACAAAUUCGACCCCUCACGCUUCGAGGUAUAUAUGUCACAUUAUUAUAUAUGUCUCUGUAAAUCUAAUCUUCAAUGUGAGAAGCAUAUAUAAUAAGGGUAAAAACGGCGGUUUCAAAUGCCAUUUUAACCAACCAAAAAUGCCACUCUGCCAAGGAAAUAACGGCGGUUUGAACCGCCGUUUAACCAACCAAAAAUGCCGUUUUAUCCUGGAAAUAACGGCGGUUUGA